UUCUCACAACAAUGUUAGUCGAAAGAGUACCGACCGCACUUGUUUGUUGCAAAUUCAAGCGAUACCUUGAAGCGCCUACAUUUGUAAGAGGGCUUUAAAACAGUUCCGUUCUGUACGCCAACAAAUGCACAACUCGAAGUGUGAAAUAUUUUAUUUAAAUUUGCAAAUUAUUUAUAAAAUUUUGAUCAAUUUUCAAAGAUUGUCUUUUUAUUGAUUGGCAUCGGUGUGUGUGUAUACGAGUACAUCCAUACAUUUUAAUCUUAUGUAUGUACAUACGUAUAAAAGGAAGGAAAUAACGAAGUUAUAAAAAAUUCAAAUGAAAAUAUCAAAUAUUAAUAUAAGUUAAAUCAAGUCACAAUGAGUAUGGAUAAUGGUGUUGUCAAUAUUGAGAUGUCCCGAAAAAUUGAUGAAGGAAGUAAAAAAAUCAAGAAGAAUGACGCAAUUGAACGCCCUAACUGGUCAAACGGAUUAGAGUUUCUCAUGUCAUGCAUCUCAAUGUCUGUUGGACUUGGGAAUGUAUGGCGAUUUCCCUUUACAGCUUAUGAAAAUGGUGGAGGAGCUUUUUUGAUACCAUAUAUCAUCGUUCUCUUCAUAAUAGGAAAGCCAAUGUAUUAUCUCGAAAUGGUUUUGGGUCAGUUCUCGAGUAAGGGUUCCGUGAAAAUAUGGAGUAUUUGCCCCUCUUUCUUAGGUAUAGGAUAUGGUCAAGCGUUCGCUACAAUUUGCAUUAUUACUUACUACUCAUCUCUUCUGGCAUUGACAUUGUAUUACCUGGUGGUUUCUUGCCAGUCCGUGCUUCCUUGGACAUAUUGUAGACCUGAAUGGGGUAGUAAUUGUGUUAAUUCUAAUCCGACAGAAAGUGUGAGUGAUAUCGAUAUUGAAAACCAAUCAAUGCAGCUACAAAGCAGUUCUGAGUUAUACUUUUUAAAAGAAGUUAUAAAAGAAAAGGAAAGCAUUUCGGAUGGACUAGGGAUGCCAGAAUGGAAAUUAACUUUAACGCUUUUCGUGUCAUGGUUUGUAAUUUUCUUGGUUAUCAUGAAAGGCGUAAAGAGUUCCGGUAAAGCGGCUUAUUUUUUGGCACUGUUUCCUUACGUAAUACUCGUCGCAUUACUCAUUCGUGCAGUUACACUGGAGGGAGCAGCAAAAGGAAUAAUGUUUUUCUUAGAACCCAAUUGGCAUGAACUCCUUAACCCAAAGGUUUGGAAGGAGGCUGUGGUACAAUGCUUUUUCUCUCUGGCAGUUGGACUUGGUCCAAUCGUUAUGUUUUCUUCUUAUAAUCGUUUCGAUCACAGCAUUUAUAGAGAUGCUAUGAUAGUUACAACAUUAGAUACGUUCACAAGUUUGCUGGCUGGUGUAUCUAUUUUUGGCAUUCUUGGAAAUUUGGCGCAUAAUCUCCAAAUUACAGACAUCAAGGAAGUUGUCAAAAGUGGUACUGGUCUGGCCUUCAUUUCUUAUCCGGAUGCUAUUGCAAAAUUUCAAGCUGUUCCACAGAUUUUCGCCAUUCUUUUCUUUUUCAUGCUGUUUGUAUUAGGAGUUGGAUCCAUUGUAGCACUACACUGUACUAUUGUCACUAUAAUAUGCGAUCAAUUUAAAUCGCUUCGAUACUGGAAAGUAGCUCUAUUAACUUGCAUAUGUGGAUUUCUCGCGAGCAUAAUCUACGUUACACCGGGAGGUCAAUGGAUAUUAAAUUUAGUCGACUUUUAUGGUGGGACGUUUGUUAUUUUUGGCUUAGCCAUUUUAGAAACGAUUAGCAUUUCAUGGAUAUAUGGCAUAAACAAUUUUUGUGAUGAUAUCCAAUUUAUGACGAAGCGUGAAGUUUCUUUGUACUGGCGAGUGUGUUGGGCAUUUCUAACUCCAUUAUCAAUGAUAGUAAUUUUCGUAUACUCGCUGUCAACGAUUGAGUCGUUGACAUACAGUGGCAAUCUGUAUCCAGACUCUGCAAAUAUUUCGGGAUGGAUUCUAUUUACAAUUGGGAUGGCUCAAUUUCCUCUCUGGGCUAUAUGGAAUAUUUCUACUAAUACGAAUGGAGGCAUAUGGGAUUCAAUUUGUUCAUCUAUCAGAUCAAGUCCGAAAUGGGGUCCUUCUAAAGAAAACGAUAAAAGGGAGUGGAUUGCAUUCAAAGCAAAAUGUGCACAAGAGAGAGCGAAUCGCAAUGAAAGCGGGAAAAUAAAACAGUUAUGCCAAAAAAUUCAGAAUUUAAUUAGGUGCUCAUAAUAAACACGUUAAGAUAUUGAACAAUAUUUGUUCAACGCUA